GUGACAGAUCAUAAACUCGGUUGAGAAAUUAUGGAUAACAUGGAUUGCAACUGCGGUGGCUUAAAGCUGGUUUAUAACAUAUUCGUGUGCGUAGUAAUUUUUGUUAGUUUUGUCAAUGAUAUUCCACAAAAUCAGCAAGUUCAUCAUUAUUCGUGGACAUUAUUUGAAGAAAACGAAUCUGCAAUCGCAACGUAUUGGAUAAAUCCAUGUGGCAAUAUAGGGACAAAAAUUGAAUCCGGCAUACGACGAAGGGAUCCAAACCUGCCGAAAUUGAGAGACUCGUUGCCAAAUUUCAUCAACCGACUGCAGGACGACCAAAUGCAUGCAAUUGACACGUCAGACAUUGGCGAUUGGUUCAAACACAAUGCCACGUACACAUUCCUACAUCAACUUGACCCAACGACGAAUAGGGUUGACCUACAGAAGCGACACGAAGAGGUCCAGAUAUAUGUUGGGGCAUUUCAACAUCUGGUCUUCACGCAAAAGAAAUACGACAUUUUGCAUAACGAAGGAAAUGAGGUAACAAUCGAAAUUCAGCUCCUUUUUAUAUUAGCCAAAAACCUUCUAUGUGAAAUCGAAACAACCAUCGAACGUACAGGACACUCGAUAAAAACGGUAUUUACACGUGAGGGAAUGGAUAAGCUGCUAACGUUUCGCAACAAUAACAGCAUCAAUAAAUUUAGUGGCGAAGUAGAUGAAUUGGACAAUAAAUUUGCUAAAGUACGGUUUCAUGAGUAUGUGCGAAAUUUACAACAGUUACUGAAUCGUGCAGGUAAAAGGAAUUUUAGAAUUUAGUUCGAUAUACACAAAUCAAGAGAAAACACAAGAGAAAACUUGUAAACCUAGAGUUGAAGAGGCAAAAAAGAUAUAAAAUUAAAUGUUGUAAAAUGGGUCACGACCCUUCAUGUU